AUGCCACUGCGCGCCAACUUCGCUAUGACGGACACGGAUAUGGGCGAGGGCGCCGCGGUGCUGAUGGGCGCUUUGGACAAUGAUGCAGCAAGCGCCUACGCUGCUGCUGCGCCGGCGACGCGCUCGAAUCCCCCGGCUUACGUCCCCCGCGACACGUUUGCGCUCCCCAAGGGCGCGGACCGCCACUAUGCGCAGCAGUACGCGGACAUGUACUACGCGCGGCUGUCGGAGCUGAAGCCGGUGCUAGAGGAGCGGGCGAUGGAGGCUUGGGCGGAGUUUGAGAUAUCGGGGCAGAAGGCGAGACAGGUCGAGCGCGUGCUGGACGUAAGGCAGGGCGAGCUGUCCUGGGUCGUCGGGACCGUGUACUGCGAGAUGGCGCUGAAGCCGAACAUUCUGGACGACAUUGCGAAGGAGCACUGGAUGGCGGCGCCGCCGCGGCGCGAGAAAUACCGCUCUUCGGACGGAAAGGACGAGAUGAUGCUGGAGGACGAGUCGGGACGGCUGCGGCUCACGGGCGCGGCGCUGGACACCGACAUGCUGGUCACGGGGUGCAUCAUCGCGGCCCUCGGGAGCGAGAACGCAGACGGCGUAUUCGAGGUGAUAGCGACGCAAGUGCCGGACCUGCCCGCACAGCCCGCGCGCUGGGCGCUCACAGGCAAGCAAGGGCAAGAACAGCGCGCAGGCAACAAGAUCGCGCUGGUCAGCGGGCUGGGCAUCAGCGGCGCGGCCGGCAACACCAUGGCGCUGGACCUGCUGGCCGAGUACCUGACGGGCGAAGCACAGAGCGGCGCGGCGCAAGCCUCGGCCCAGCGCAUCUCGCGCCUCAUUAUCGCAGGCGACUCGCUCGCGCACGCCUCGCCCAUCCCCUCCCGCGAAGACGUCGCCGCUAAGAAGGGCCAAAAGCACAAGUACGGCUACGACGCCGCAGCGUACAACGCGGCGCCGACGGAGCGGCUCGACGACUUCCUGGCCGCGCUGCUGCCAACCCUGCCCGUGACGCUGCUGCCCGGCGCGCAGGACCCCGCCAGCGUCGCUGUCCCGCAGCAGCCGCUGCACGCGGCGCUGUUCCCCAAGAGCAGGGCGUGGGCGGCGCCACCGGGCGAAGCUGCUCCCGAUACGCCGCGCGAUGGCUUCCCCAUGCAUGCGGUCACGAAUCCGUGGGAGGGCGAGGUCGACGGCUGGCGCUUUCUGGGCUCGGGCGGCCAGCCCGUCGCUGAUGUCGCCAAGUACGUGGCCGAGGAGAGCAGGGCGGCCAUUAUGGAGCGCAUGCUGCGCUGGCGGAACAACGCGCCCACGGCGCCGGAUACGCUAUGGACCUACCCCUUCCAAGACAGCGACCCCCUCCUCCUCCUCGACUGCCCACACGUCUACUUCGCAGGCAACCAGCCGCACUUCGAAACCAGCCUCAUCGAGGGACCCGAAGCGCAGGCGGUGCGCCUCGUCGCGCUGCCGCGGUUCGUCGACACUGGUGAGAUUGUUCUGCUUGAUGCUGAGACGUUGGAUGUUGAGGUUGUUCGGGUGGGUGUUGGGUUGGGGGGGCGGGAGUAG